AUGCGUCGAGCUCGGGCCUGCCAUCUGAGAUGGGUCCGAUCAGCAUCCCCCGUUCCCUUGUCACUAGAAGGACUUGUUGACUACGAGACUGUUGCGAUGGAGGUACCAGCAGAGUCAGCUGAACAGGUUGAUGAGUUGUUGGCUGCAUUGGCCUUUUCUACCCCCCAUUUGCCGCUAAAGGAGAAAAAUUAUGUUGACAUGAGAACCCAGACGAAUCUGCACAGUCAUGUUGACACCAGCACUCAGACGGACAGUGUUUGUACCUGCCCGCCACUUUCCGAGGCCAACAUUUCUCGUACUGAUGCUGUGGACCUUCAUUGUGAAGUCGGCUGUCAGACAGAGAGUGUUUCUGGGAUGGAGAGAGGAGCUUCAGGAAUUGUUCUUGGGAAAGUGGCUGUGGAGGCGGAGGAGGAGUUGGAGGCACUGUCGAGAGCGGAGUUUUCUCCGAACGUGCAGGCUGAUUCUGAUAGCUGCGCCCUGUCGGGUGCGUUCCAGGGGUGUCUGAAUCGUCCCGUCACGCUUAAUGAGGUAUCGAAUCCUGGUUAUGAUGCGUCUGUCCGUGUCCGGAUGAGCGUCUCCAAGACAGUGCGUCAGUCGAAUGAGAAAGUUUUUUCGGAAGUAAUGCGUCAAUCGCUCACGUUCCCGAGGCCGUGCACUGGUCGUGCCCGCGGUACUGCGCGGCUCCUGUGUGAUCGUGAUGAGCCAGGUGCACUGGCGGCCGAAUUCAUGAGCCUGGAACGGGAAGAGUCGGAUGCUGAGUUCGAGUCCGACACGCUGGGUCAUUUGCAGUGGGAGUUAUCCCGUCUUGGUCUUCUGAAUCCAGGCCAGCUGCGGUCUGUUUUCAGUGGUAUGAUUCUGUAUGCGCUGCAAGAACGGGAUGGGCCUGGGCCGAAGUUUUUGGACUUGAUGUGUCACAAUCUCGUGGGUGCUUCAGGAUUUCUCGCGAGUGGCCGUCGUGCGGACUUGAACAGAAUCAUAGCCCUUUGGAAUGAUAUGUUUGUUGCUAUGGAGCGGGACUUCCCGCGGGAGGGGAGGAGGAUGAAGGAGUGGAUUUCGGCUAAUGGUUUUGGAAGGUGUGGGAAGGUGCUGCAAGAUUUUCUUUGGCCAGGUUCCGAGCGCACCAAUGCCGCCAGGUGA